AAUGGGGCGCAAUGCAGUUGUGCUACAAAGGUACCAUAUGAUGGGUGCAGGAGCCUGACAUUCUGGGCCACACCAAAACCUGCGAUAUAUAUAGCCUGAUUACUGUGGAACCAAGGUGCCUUGACUCUCCGUCAAUUGAGAGUUACCAGGUGAUAUGGGAGCCAUGUCUACUUGGAAAGUCUGGAUCACAGGUGUCUUCCUUGCUGUCUUCUUGACGGAUAGGCUCACCAACGCUAUUGCAUUUCGUCGGGAGAACAUUACCACUACACUAGGGCCGCAGCUUUCCAACGGUGCGCAAAUCAUCCUACCACAUAAUGCAGGCUUCGUGCAGGCCACCCAGAGAUGGUCUCUUUUCGACCCUCCCCAUUUCACAGCCGUCGUCGAGGUGGGAACAGAGGAAGAUAUUGCAACAACAGUCAAGUUUGCCAACAAGAACAACAUCCCCUUCCUCGCAGUGACCGGUAGCCACGGUACCAUAGCCUGCCUUGGAAAAUUCAAUGGCAUCGAGAUUAGGAUGCGCAAGCUCAACUCUACUGUCAUCUCAGAGGAUGGAAAAACAGCUACCUUUGGUGGUGGCAAAAGAUCUGGCGAGGUUAUCGAGGCACUGUGGGCAGCUGGCAAGCAGACGGUGUCGGGAAUUUGCGAAUGCACAGGCUUCCUAGGCCCAGCUCUGGGAGGGGGCCACGGUGUCCUUCAGGGAAAGUAUGGCAUUGCCUCUGACCAAUUUGUCUCAAUGCGCAUGGUGACUGCCGACGGAGCCAUUCGCGAGGUAUCUUCUUCGGGUCCGAACUCUGACCUAUGGUGGGCUAUGCAAGGUGCCGGACAUAAUUUUGGGAUUGUGACGUCUAUAACUUCCAAAGUCUACGAUGUGCCUGAUGGUGGCUUGUGGUCUUAUGAGACUUAUGUUUUCAGUUACGACAAAGUCGAAGCCGUCUUUGAGACCAUCAAUUGGCUUGCUCAGCACCAACCUCCUGGCAUGUUCAAUCGGGAUGUCAUUUAUCGCAAUCCAAGUGUAGACCCCAAGAAUCCAAUCCUGCAGGUCGACCUUCUCCAAGAGAGCGUCUCUGCCGUCGCCCCCAAUUUUACCAGCCCGUUCCGAAAGCUUGGUCCUAUGUCUGUCGGGUCCGGCUCAGGAACGUACAAGGAUAUCCCCAAAUGGACUGGUGUGAACUUUAAUUCUAUAGCUUGCAAUGUCGCAGAUACCUCCAAAAUCCGCUUCCCAAUUGGGCUUGUCUCUUACAAUGCCACCGCGCAGCAGGCUCUUAUGGACACUUUCUCCCAAGUUAUCGGGCCGGACUCUCCGUUCAAUGUGUCCCAAGUCUUGUUCGAGGGGUACUCAAUGUAUGGCGUCAAAGCUGUGCCGGACAAUGCUACGGCGUUUCCGCAUCGAGGAGACAAUCAACUCGUCACUGUUGCUAUGGUGAAUGCACCACGCCCGGAGCUGGAUGCCCAAGCCGUUCGGAUUGGCAACAAAUUGAGACAGGUACUUCUUGAAGGCAGCGGAUCUACUGAGCUGCAUGCAUACGUGAACUAUGCAGCUGGGACGGAGUCCCUUCAGAACCUGUAUGGCUUUGAGCCAUGGAGACUGAAGAGGCUGAAGGAGUUGAAGGCGAAAUAUGACCCGCAGGACAGGUUUGGUUACUACGCGCCGAUUCCUGUGUAGUGCUUCUUGUGCCACUAAUAUGGUUAUUAAUUUUCUUCUUCUUUCCUUUCUGACUCUCGUUUGCUUAUUUGCAUGAGUCAUUUCUCUGGAACAGGACUUGCCUGAUGUGAUACU